GUUUGCGCCUGCGCAGUGGGCGCUGAGUCUGUAGACAGCUGCGCUGGGGACGCUACCGGAGUCGCCUGGCAACGAUGUCGCCUGGCAACUGAAUAGGUUGGCCACUGGCACGCGCUACUGGAAGCAGAAAGGGCUGCGGAGGCAGUGAGUGGUUUCUGCAGAACUUCAUUUGGAAAGGCCUCUGUCAUUGGGGAUAGGUGGCCCAUUUCCAGAACUCCAUGGAGUUUCCCGUUAACAUCAACACUACCCAGAUUACCACUGCCUAUGGCCAUCGGGCCCUGCCCAAGCUGAAGGAGGAGCUGCAGUCAGAGGACCUCCAGACGAGGCAGAAAGCCCUCAUGGCCCUGUGUGACCUCAUGCAUGACCCCGAGUGUAUCUACAAGGCCAUGAGCAUAGGCUGUAUGGAGAACCUGAAAGUUUUGCUGAAGGAUAGCAACAGCAUGGUGCGGAUAAAGACCACGGAGGUGCUCUACAUCACAGCGAGCCAUAGCGUGGGCAGAUACGCCUUUCUAGAGCACGACAUCGUCCUUGCCCUGUCCUUCCUGCUGAAUGACCUCAGCCCAGUCUGCCGGGGGAACCUGUACAAGGCAUACAUGCAGCUGGUCCAGGUGCCUAGAGGGGCCCAAGAGAUCAUCAGCAAGGGUCUGAUUUCCCCGCUGGUGUGGAAGCUGCAGGUGGAGCGGGAGGAGGAGUUCCAGGAGCUCAUCCUGGACACACUGGUCCUCUGCCUGCGGGAGGAUGCCACUGAGGCCCUGGGCAGCAACGUGGUGCUUGUCCUGAAGCAGAAGCUCCUCAGUGUCAACGAGAACAUCCGCAGCAAGGCUGCUCAUGCACUCCUUAAUGUCAGCAUAUCUCGAGAGGGCAAGAAACAGGUGUGUAAGUUUGACGUCAUCCCCAUCCUGGUGCAUCUACUGAAAGACCCGGUGGAGCAUGUGAAGUCUAAUGCCGCCGGGGCCCUGAUGUUCGCCACAGUGAUCACUGAAGAUGGUGUCAGAAGUGGGAUCCAAGCUAGAACUACUAGUGACCCCCAGAAGUGCCAAGUGAGCAGCAAGUUACCCACUGUGCCUGUUGUUUCCAUUGCUCUCUCACAGCAGCUGGGGAUCUUGGUAAGUUCUCCCUCAGAUUCUGAGGCUCCACGGAUUUGCGUUUUGAGCUCUCUGAGUUUUUUUGAACAAAUUUUUCAUCAACACUGGGUUUGGAAGUUCUGACAGAAACUGAACUGGAUCUACAAUUGGAUUGUAUCUGGUAAUUAACUGGCUUGGAUACAGUUAGGGGCCUCUUUUGUCUGAUUGGGUCAGAAAAAAGCCAGCAGCAGAUGGCAAUAUUGCAGGGCUGUAAACUUUGGCUUUUGGAAGUCCACAGGGAUUUUCGUGUUUUCUACUUCCUUUGUUUCUUUUUUCUUGUACACUUAGGUAUGGAAAAAAAUCACUGACAUAGUUGCUUGAGGGGACCUGAGAGCCAAAGUCAAUAUUUGAGGUAAAAAUGGGAUCCUUUAUU